UGGGAACCGCUUUUCUCGGUCUUGGAAAUUUAUUGCUUGUCUCAUAAAAUGUCUGGCAUAAUGGCUUCUUUGGAAUAAUAUUGACAAGGUAAAGGUUGGUGAAUCAGAUCAUUGACUUGGCCUGUUGACUCUUUAUCCUCCACAAAAGAAUGGAGGUGUAUACUGUUCGCCUCAGGGAAUCCUAGACAUGUGUUAAUGACUGAAGCCAUGAUCGAGAGUGUCUUGUAAGAUGGAAGAAGAGAAGUGUCUGGCCUAGUGCUAUCUUUUGGACAUGACAGCCCAGCCUGUUUUAUCACUGAGUGUCCAGCAAGAAGUACAGCUUCGCUUCCUCAAUCCAUCUGAUGUAGGGGAAGUGAAAAAACUGUGCAGGGAAUGGUUCCCUAUUGAGUAUCCAGACUCAUGGUAUGAGGAGAUUACCUCGAACUCCAGGUUCUAUUCUCUCGCUGCAACCCACCAUGCAAGAAUUAUCGGCCUCAUUGUAGCAGAGUUAAAGCCUCAAAGUAAACUCAACAAGGAGGAUGGCGAUUUGCUUGCCAGCUACUACCCACCCGCCACCCAGGUGGCGUACAUACUCAGUCUUGGCGUGGUUGGAGAUUUCCGUAGAAAUGGGAUAGCAUCCUUACUCCUUGACAGCUUACUGUCAUAUCUAACAUCAAAAGAACGACUGGAAUGCAAAGCUGUGUACCUGCAUGUUCUGUCAACAAAUUCAGUGGCUCUCAGGUUCUAUGAACGCAGAAGAUUUCGACGGCAUCUUUUCCUUCCAUACUACUACGCAAUACAGGGGAAAGCAAGAGAUGGAUACUCAUAUGUCCUGUACAUAAAUGGGGGCCAGCCUCCUUGGUCAAUAUUUGACUAUUUGUCCCAUUGCAGCAGUGUCAUGACAAAACUACAGCCCUGUGCUCUACCUCGCCACGUGUACAGCGCCGUCCGGAACAUUUUACAACGCUUGUUGUCUAGAUCUGCGUCAGAAGUUUCACACAACAGUUGAUAAUUACGGCCACUCAUCAUGAAUAGCCGCCUCUUUGACAGAUGCAGUGGACAAAAACGUGUUUGGUGCAUUCUCAUCAAUUGGUUGAACUUAUCAAAAAGCUGUUCUUGCUGAGGAUAUCAUUGUGUUUGAAACUGUUAUGUUGUGUGUGCCUCCUCUGAGUUACGUUGAUACAAGCAAUGAUUCAUCGUGUGUGAAUUAUGUAGGACAGGCUUUCUGUGAAUUUUGUAAAUGUAGAUAUUAUUUGUAGCUAAAUGGUGACUGUGAUAGUGCAUUAAUGACUUUUUUUUUAAAAUUCUGAUUUUGAAGACAUUGUUGUAUUAAGGAAGUGAAAGAGACUGGUGAAUAUAUUCUUGGGAUGGAAGGCUUCCUCAGCAAUUUGUCUGUGAUGAGGGUGUGGUAAAAGAGAGAUGCGAAUUUACACAAUUUCAAUUAAAAGUGUUAGAACUACUUGAACAACUGUACGAGGUCUUUAGAAUUUGGAGUUACUGGACAAUUGAAUGUUGCACAGGCCUCAUUUAAAAGAAAGCUUGUGAAGGUAAGUUUAGUCCAAAUCUCUUUAUUAAUAUAUACAUGUAAAAUUUACUUCUCAUCAUGAUAUCUUUGAGGUAGAAAUGUACAUCUGUAUCUGAGAACAGUCUACAGGAAAAAUUAAAGUGGAUUCACUUCAUUACAAUUUGUAAGCUAAAGAACCUAUUUGCAAUUUGAGUGGAAGCAGAGGUUUGAGCAUUUUGUUUGUUAAUGUGUAAGAUAUAGAUAGCAGUUAAAAAAAUAUGCAGAUUUAGCUGCACUUUGAACCUGGCAGUUGUUUUUCACAAGUUGCUAUAUUUCUUGUUUCGAAGACUCACUUCAUUGUAGGAAAAUUCCAAGGCAUUCGUAGUGCUCGUAAAUUGUAUUUGCCUUAUUCAAAAUUUAAGUCGCUUUUUAAAAAAAAAAAAUUUUUUUUUUAGAAGUCUGAUACAAUAACUAUCCAAGGGUUUGAAAUGUAUGUAGUUUUUUGACAGGUCAUAGUUUUUGUGAAAUUUCUGCUUUUUCAUCCAAUAGUUUAUUCAUUUGAUUUGAGUUUUUUGUUUUGUUUUUUGUUUAUUUUUCAGUCUCUUUGCACUCAAGAUUGGUUGUGCAGCAUAUUGAGCAUUUUAUUAUUAUUGCUCUUUUCUGGUUUGUUUCUGGUUUCGGUGGAGACAAAAUAUAGGAAUUUAUUUUUGAUUUACAGUCUCGUGAAACAAAAUAAUCCCAAAUUUAUGAAGAGUAGUGGCUAGAAACUAUUUGCUUGGUGUGUUCUGUGAGAAAGUCUCGAAUUUUUAGAAAUAUCUGGAAAUACUGAAUAAGGGUGAUGUUGAUUGAUGUGUAAUCAAAUCAAGUGUAAAAACCUCUGAGUAUUGUCGGUCCAUGUACAAUGAUAAUGAACUCAUAUAAAACACAGUUUUGAGUGUUGUAACAGGGGUAAUUUUUUUCUUUGAACUUCAAACAGUAAGGUGGACCAGAAUACAAACUUCAAUACCUUAUUUUAUUUCACAUGGUUCAACGUUUUUAGACGAGACAAGUAAGAGUGUCAGAGGAAGUUGUUGUUUUUUUCAUGAAAAGCAUGUAACAAGUAGUUUUUGUGCGUAUUUUUUUACAUAAAUUUUUUUGCUUUGAGGUUUCUACAGACUCAUAUUUACUUCAGUUGACAAACGACUUCAUUGCAGCAGCAGUGUGGAAGAUGAAGGUGAUUUUUUUUUUUAAGCACUCCCAGUUCAUCACACAUAAGUAUGCUUCAUAGGUUUUUUUGGAGGUUUUUUUUCAGUUGAAAAUCAUAAUUAUUUUGAUUCGCUUCUUUUGAAAAUUGUAAAUGCUGUUUCAGAGACUUAGCGCACAGAAAAUGAGCUAUGUGAACAAUAGAAAACCAGCUUGUCUUGAAGGACAGGUCUGCCUGUUUGUUUAUAAUGCUCAUACUCUUAGACUUAUAUUUCAUCUCCAAUGGAUUUAUUUAUGUUUUUUCUCACAUGCCCAUAUUUUCACCAUAGUUUUGACAUUGCAGCUUUCUGCUUGUUUGUUUACAUAUAAACAAUUAGUACUGUUCAAAGAUAUCUUUUUUAAAAAAUAACAAAAGCUCAUGAUUAUAGCUUUUAUGCAUAAGGCAGUGAAUGAUGUUUGAAUCCUGGCAACAGGCUAGACAAGAAAAAUUAAAACAUGGAUAUAUUUCAUAGUUUUGUAUACUUUGUAUCAAAAGUUAUUGUUCUCUGGGCAGUUUUAUAAAAGUAACUUUUAAGCUUAUGCGAUCUUGAAAAAAUAUCUAUAUAUUAUAUGUGGACUUGUUUUGUUUUUUUUACUUUAUUUAUAAGUGCAAGAUGCGAAGAAUGUGAUAUCCGCUAUUAAUAGUUUUCCCACUUUGUACAUUUUUGGGAACUUGACCUAAAAGGGAUAGGGUUUGAGUAGAGCAGUAAGUAAAUGUUGAAAAAUUAGUUUGUUACUACUUAUAGAUGUACUGUGGCAAUUUCUGUUAUGCCUUACUUUAGCGGAUAUACUUUCCAGUAGAUAUUAAACACUCUAUUGUACGCUACGCUGGCUACCUAGGGAAGUUAUUUUGCUUAUUGUAAGUGUUCUGUGAUUCAUGAACUGAAUACAUGUAACUGGGUACCCGUCAUGUCAUGUCAGUAUUAUGACAUCUGAGUGUUUAUUUACAAAGUAGAGAGUGUAAUCGUUCAUAUCCCACGGGGUAGCAGCUCAAAUAUUGUAACUCGGGGUUUUAGAGAAAAAAAUCACGGUUUUACAUGUUCCAGGGCAAGUGGAUGCGGGGAAACCUCAAAAUCAUAUGCUUUUUUGGGUGAAAAUACACUUUGAAUUGAAAUUCCAGGUUUUGUUGAUGGAUAUAAUACAUGAUGAUGAAAAAUCAGCUUUUUGCUCCUGUAAAAUUUGAAAAACCUGAAUUACAAUUACAACAGUUGUGCUGCUGCCCCGCAGUCUGUCUUCAGGUUUUGAUGACAAACGUUUCUAAUUUUCAGGUCUUAUUAUACACAUAACCAUACUAUUUUGUAAAGCUAUGGUUUAUGCAGCUAUCUGUUGUUAACUUAAAAAACUCAUAUCUCAAUAUAGGCCUAUUGUGUGUGGUUGUUUUUCUCAGUAUUUUUUUCUAGCCUUUAACAUCAUCAGUAUUGUUCAAGUUACCUUGAUAGAAAUCUACAGGACGGCAAGUGGCAUUUCAAGUCAAGGAGCAUAAUGUGAGAUAGAUUAGUGAGCUGUCGGCGAGAAAGAAUUGCUCUUGAUGUGAAUAAAUAAUUGUAUGGUAUGUGAAGUUUACUCUUUUGUGAGGUAAGCAGUAAAAUCUAUAGCAAAAUGGCUUGUGUGUGACGUGAGGAUUUCAGUACUUAGGGUGAAAAAAAUGAUGUUUUUUUUUGCUUCUAUUUUGCGCCCUCCGUUUUCACUCUUUGUUUGUAUACUUUCAGACAGUUUGUGUGAUUUUUAAAAAAAAGUGAAAUGUAAAUAUAUGGAUAUAUGUAUUAAUGUUUACUAUUCUUAGCAGAUAUUGCUUUGUGCAAUACACAUUUUUUUAAUUAUGACUUUGUAUUACAAUUACAAUUGUUGGUAUCAACUUGCACUGAGAAAAAUUUUGUCAAGAGUGUUUGCGUGUGAAGAGGUUGGUGGAAGAUGGGGGGUAUUUGUCAAAGCUCUCUUUUCAGGCGGAUUGGAAGGAAAGAUUAUCAAAUGUUUAUUUAUGAAAGUGACAGUGUUUGCUUUCCCAGAUAUACGUACAUGCAUUCCUAUUAGAAUUCUUAUCACUUGUCUUGAUUCAAAAGACAUAUAAUAUGCCUUUAUUUGUAUCGAACCUAAGAGAGAUUUAGUAACAUGUCAUGACACUUUGCAGUCACACAGCCAGUAGUACAAAAUACCCCAUCUGGUCGCCCAGCCAGGAGAGUGACUGCAAUGGACAUCUCGAGCAUGACGCAGUUCUGCGCCAGGUGACUGGAACGGAUAAUUUUCACCGUCACAUUAUUGCGCCAAGUGACUGCAAAGCGUUAAUAAGGCCAGUUUGAGAAGGAAAAGAAGGACACCUAUCUUUUUUUUCCAUUUUAUUCCCACUAUGUGUACCAUCUUUUGGUGUGGCACAUUGCCUUGAGCUUGACAUAUCUAUUGUAGUUGUAGUUUCGUUUUCCUGAAGAAAAAAAGAA